GCCGAGGCCGACACCGACCGACGCCCAAACCCCUCACCUACCAUUCUCUCACGUCCGAUUGGUGCGAGUUGCAUCGGAAGCACUGCCAAUAUAUCUGUUUAAUUUCAUGGUAUUGUCGUGCCACUCCCACCAUAAAUCCUCCCAUACACUAUAAGACUCUUUGGGGACGUUCCCAUUUCACAGGUGCGUUCUGCACGUCAAUGGAUUGUUAUGUAAGAUUCCUUUGGGCAGGAGGCUACUAAGACAUCAAAUCAAGGAGACCUUAAAAGAAGCAAAAAGAAGGAAGAAGGGCCCUCUCAGAUAUACCAGUAGGUGUUGAACAGCCUCGCCACCUUCCUCCCCAAGCCAAAAUGAUGGCCAAAGAAGCACACACGACCCCACCGCUGAAGCAAGUGUGCAUGCAAUCGAGCGAAAGCUGCCACCACCAACCUUCUCCUACAAGCCUCUCUCCAAUUCAUUACACCCGCUGUCCCACUCCCAAUCUACUAACCCUUCUUCAUAUGGCCUCCCCCACCAUCUCCACCUGAAGUUAAAGCCCACCCCACCCCACCCUCUCUCUUUCUUCCUCCUUUGCCAUCUUUACUCUGCUGUGACUUGGUUGCCAUGCCGAGGCUUGAGGCGGAGGUUGCAGUGUUGCUGUGUGCUGUCUUCUUCGUUCCCGCCUCCGGCAUCCUGCACCCGGUGGACUACUUGGUGCUGCAGUCGCUCCGCCAGUCGCUGGCCGACCUCCCGGGCUCCGCCUUCUUCGCCAGCUGGGACUUCACCGCUGAACCCUGCGCCUUCGCCGGCGUGCUCUGCUCCCGCGACCGCGUCGUCGCCCUCUCCCUCGGCGACCCCCGCGCUGGCUCCCCGGGUCUCACUGGCCACCUGCCCUCCUCCCUCAUCCGCCUCUCCGCCCUCGCUGAGCUCUCCCUUGUCCCCGGCCGCGUCGCUGGUCCCCUCCCUGCUUCCCUCCCUUCCAGCCUCCGCUUCCUCGCCCUCUCCGGUAACCUCCUCUCCGGCUCCCUGCCCCCCUCCCUCUCCGCCCUCCGCCGCCUCCGCACCCUCGACCUAAGCUCCAACCGCCUCUCCGGCUCUGUUCCCCCCGCCAUCUUCCGCCUUCCGGAGCUCCGGACCCUCAUCCUCGCCCACAACCGCCUCUCUGGCCCCGUCCCCGCUGUCGCCUCCGCUCCUCUCCUCCGCCUCGACCUCAGGAGCAACGCCCUCACCGGCUCCGUCCCCUUCCUGCCCCCGUCCCUCGUCUACCUCUCCCUCGCCUCUAACCGGCUCUCCGGGUGGGUGGACCGGGUGCUCCCCCGGCUCACCCGGCUCCAGUUCCUCGACCUAUGCAUGAACCACCUCUCCGGCCCGCUCCCGGGAGUCCUCUUCACCUUCUCCGUCUCGACUCUGCGGCUGCAGAGGAACCAGUUCUCGGGUCCGCUCCGGCCAGCCAGCCCACUGCCGGUGGAGGGGGCCACGGUCGACCUGAGCUACAACCGGCUCACGGGAAACGUACCGGCGGAGCUGGCGCCGGCUGGCCGGUUGUACCUGGACUUCAACCGUUUCACAGGGCAGUUGCCGGCAGCGCUGGUGGACCGGGUGGUGGCGGGCCGCAUGCGGGUGCUCUACUUGCAGCACAACUACCUGACAGGGUUCGGGAUCGGCGGCGCGGCAGCCUCCGUUCCGGCGGGCAUGUCUCUGUGCUUGCAGGACAACUGCAUGGUGCCGCCGGUCAACGCGGCGUGCCCGCGCAACGCCGGGCCGCAGAGGAUGCGGCCGCCGGAACAGUGCGCUGCCAUCAGGAACAGGGGCUGAUCGAAACGGAUGGUGAUUCUUCCGUUAAAUCCUCGUCCCGCAAAAGAAAUUAAUGGUAGAGUGGAUCUCUUCUCCCUGUCACCGAUCCAUGAACACAAAUGCCACGGAAGCAAUCUUCAAUCUGCAAUCUGCGACAUUGCAGCCUUGAGUGACUACUCUUGACUGUAUCACUAACUUCGAAAUGUAUCGAAGUCAGCUUAAAAGAUGCAGAGAUGUUGAAAAGGUGAUGACUCUGCUUUGCUUCGCAGGCACAGCUGUGAGUGGGUUGGACUGUGGGGAGGUCUACGGAGCUGCGAUUUCUUUGUCAGAGAGAUUCUCCAUUGCAGGAGACACGUUCUUGCAUCAAUAAUUAUGAUGCUACCUUGGUUCCAUGAUGGAGGAGAGAAUCCUGUGAGCUACACAUCAUCAAAAGAUUACUCUUUGCAGCAAAGAAUUCUCCCGAUGCAGUGUAAACGUCCACCAUCUGCAUUUAUUCACCCCAUAGGAACGAAGCACUGUUCUUCUCCAUCGCCCCACACGUCCAAGAAAGAGAAGCCAUGCAUUGAUGACACUGUCACGCUCAACCGUGAUGGGGACUUAACAUGCGAUGCCGGUCUCACAAACACAAGGCUUCAUUAUUCGGCUCACAUGGCCAUGGCCUUCGUAUCCCCACGUACUGCUCUGCUUCUCUCACAUGAUGGAUGAUGAGGCAUAAUUCAUUUGUGCCGCAAAAUAUAUAAUAUGUA